GCCCACUCCCUUGCCGCCCAGAUAUACUACGAGUAACCAUCCACCAUUUGUCCGUCGCCAGUAGCCACAGAAUCCAACGAAGAGAGAGACAGAGUACACUCCGCUCGCCGGCCGUUCCAUUUUCCUCCGCCCUCCCCGCCUUGUCCCGUUGCGGGGUUGCCGUCGGCUGGCCCGAAGCAGUUCGCCGCCGUUGAAGGACCAUCCCAGCUCGCUCGCCGCCAUGAAGAAAGUCGUGGUGAAGCUGGACGUGAACGACGACAGGCACAAGGCCAAGGCGAUCAAGGCCGUCUCCGGUCUCCACGGCAUCGACCAGCUGGGCGUGGACAUGAAGGAGCAGAAGAUGACCAUCGUGGGCACCGUCGACCCCGUCGCCGUCGUCGCCAAGCUGCGCAAGCUCUUCCCGGGCGCGCAGAUCUUCUCCGUUGGCCCGGCUAAGGAGGAGAAGAAGGACGACAAGAAGGACGGCGGCGGCGACAAGAAGGCCGGCGGAGACAAGAAGGACGGCGACAAGAAGGACGGCGGCGACAAGAAAGACGGAGACAAGAAGGACGGCGGCGACAAGAAGCCGGCCGUGCCGGUGUGCCCGCCCUACUGGUACCCGAUGCCGCCGCAGCCGCGCUACAUCGUCCACAGCGCCGAGGAGGACCCCAACUCGUGCGUCAUCUGCUGAACGACGCCGACGCGCCGCCGCCGCCCAUCCCCUGUACAUUUCGUCGCUGUGUACCCUACCUGUCUUCCUCUGCCGCCGCCGCCGCUGCCGGUGGUUGGUGGUUGCUGUACUCAUCAGCCUACCAGCCGCAGCGAUCGACGGCGUGCGUUGCAUUUACAUAUGCCACCGCGUAAUUACCUGUUGCGUUGCAUCGAUAGGUGCUGUUCGGCUUAUUUUUGGCAAGAUGUCGACUGCCGGGAUGCAGUGUACAUGCAUCUCCUGAUCAGCUUGUAGAGUGCGUACACGAGACUGAGAAGAACUAUAAAGAGAAAGAACUUUUCAUAGUAUGAAUUUCAGAAAA